AGAGUUUGAGGCAGGAAAUUGUGGUACGCAGUCUUAUUGGACUGGACUGGGCACGAAGAUCCGAUCCAAUUCGAAACCCAAUACGAGAGUGAACUGGAUCUAAAAGUUAGGUUCAUCUUUUGUUUCUUUCAUUUCGUUUCAGGUUCAGAUUCUUUGAUCUGUGUUGCGUGGUUGUGCGGUAGUUGAGAAGAUGGGGAAACAGAUUGUGCCGGUGAAAUCGGUGAUAUACGCUCUCUCCCCUUUCCAGCAGAAGGUAAUGACGGGUCUCUGGAAGGACUUGCCCACCAAGAUUCAUCACAAGGUCUCCGAGAAUUGGAUCAGCGCCACUCUCUUGCUCGGUCCCCUCGUUGGAACCUACGCGUAUGUUCAGAACUACCUGGAAAAGGAGAAGCUUCAUCACAGGUACUGAGUUCUUGCAAGAGCUGAUUGGAUAAGCUUCAAGUUUGUUGCCUUGCACUUGUUUACGCACCUAAUAAUGUUGACACAAACUUGCUCUUACCCUUGUUUUGAGAUGUCUCGAGUUUUUAGCCUAACUUUCAGUGUUCAUUGAUGUUCUAUUUCAUUUUCCUAUUUUAUACUACUUUAUAUUUUGGAAGGCAAUUUACGUGUUUUGUCAAUAAUGCCAGAAUUAGUUUGUGUUGUAUUUUUUAAUUCCAUGCAUCAUGAAAAUGUGAUAGCUGGAGUAAAAGAUAAAAAAUUUAUUUGAUCGA